GAUGUGUGAUGGUGAAGUCAUCAGAAUGGGUUUCAAGGUGAGAGUGGACACCCUGCCCAAGCAGGAAAAGGCCCAAGUAAUGCCCAGCUCUAGGCACGGGAGAAGAUGCCACGAUCCCUAGCAAAAAUCUAAACCCUGGUCUGCCAACUUGAAGGAGAAGAGAGAGACCCCGUGAGUGAGAGAGGCAAACAACACUCUUUAUGGGAGUACUCCUCUCCUUGCAGUCCUCCGUUAGCCCACCAGUCCUAACCCAAAGGUGAUCGGCAGAACCAUGCCUAAGCAAAAUGCCCUGGCUAUAGGAAUUGACCUCGGUACCACCUACUCCUGUGUGGCUGUCUGCCAGCACGACAAAGUAGAGAUCAUUGCCAAUGACCAAGGAAACCGGACCACUCCCAGCUAUGUGGCUUUUACCAGCACUGAACACCUGGUUGGGGACCCAGCUAAGAGCCAGGCCUCUCUCAACCCCCAAAACACAGUGUUCGAUGCCAAGCGGUUGAUUGGCAGGAGAUAUGAAGAUGCCACUGUCCAGGAGGACAUCAAGCACUGGCCUUUCACUGUGGUGAAUCACGAAAAUAAGAUCAAGAUCCAGGUGUGUCACAAGGGCAAGCAAAGGACCUUUUACCCAGAAGAGAUCUCUGCCAUGGUGUUGGCCAAGAUGAAACACACUGCCGAGGCCUACCUAGGAGGUUCCAUCUCCCAAGCCAUCAUCACGGUGCCUGCCUACUUCAACGAUGCCCAGCGCCAGGCCACCAUAGAUGCAGGAGCCAUCGCAGGCCUCCAGAUCCUCAAAAUCCUCAAUGAACCAACCGCAGCAGCCAUCGCCUACAGCCUGGAUGUGAAGAAUCAGGAGGCUGGUCCUCGAAACAUCCUCAUUUUUGACCUGGGUGGAGGCACCUUUGAUGUUUCCAUCCUUGCUGUCGAAGACGGUAUCUUUGAAGUGAAAGCGACUGCAGGAGACACUCAUUUGGGUGGGGAGGAUUUCAACAAAAGGCUAGUGGAUUACCUUGCUGAUGAGUUCAAGAGAAAGCACAAGAAGGAUCUUCGUCUGGACAAGAAGGCCCUGCAGCGGUUGAAGAUUGCGGCUGAACGCGCCAAGUGUACCUUGAGCUCUUGCACCAGUGCCAGCAUCUCUGUUGACUCCCUCUGCCACGGGAUAGAUUUCCACACGACCAUCACGAGAGCGCGCUUCGAAGAUCUCUGCUCUGACCUCUUCCGAGCUACACUGAAGCCCUUGGAAAGGGCACUGAAAGACGCCCAGAUGAGUAAAGGUGCGAUCACGGAUAUUGUGUUGGUUGGGGGCUCUACCCGCAUUCCCAAGAUCCAGAAAUUGUUGAGAGAUUUCUUCAGUGGGAAGGAGUUGUGUAAAGGCAUCAACCCCGAUGAAGCAGUGGCCUGCGGUGCAGCUAUUCAGGCUGCUAUCUUAACGGGGAACCGGACCCCAAAGAUGCAGAAUGUGUUCCUGCUGGAUGUGACUCCUUUGUCUUUGGGGAUCAAUACACAAGGUGGAGUCAUGGCGACAAUCAUCAAGCGCAACUCGCCUGUUCCCACCAAGGAAACGAUGGAGUUUACUACCACAGAAGAUGAUCAAGACACCAUCUUGUUCAUGGUCUACGAAGGGGAGAGAGCGUUGACCAAACAUAACCAUCUCCUGGGCACGUUCACCUUGAAAGGCAUACCACCAGCACCCUGUGGGGUCCCUGUCAUAGUAGUCACAUUUUCCAUUGAUGAAAACAAUAUCCUGACUGUCUCAGCCAGGGACGUGGAGACAGGAAACACCAGCCAUCUUACCAUUUCAGACACCCGUGGCCGUCUAGGCAAAGAGGAGAUUGAAAGGAUAGUGCAGACGGCUGAGGAGUUCAGAGUGAAUGACAUGUCCCAGCAGGAGAAGAUUGAAGCCAUGAAUUCCUUGGAGUCUUGUACCCUUGAGCUGAAAAGGGUGGCAGAAGAGCAGAUCUUGGACGUCCAGGCCAAGAGGAGGAUGCUGGAGAUGUGUGAGAGCACCACCUCCUGGUUGGAGGGGAACCCCUUGGCAGAGAAAGAAGCAUGCGAGCAGCGGCAGAAAGACUUGGAGGAGGCGUGGGAUUCCAUUUGCAGCGCCCUCAGUCCGAGCGAGAGGGCAGAAGGAACAUCUCACGAAGAUCAGAACAGGACUUUAAUGACAGACAAGGCAGAACCCAAUGAGGAAAUGGAAUAAAUCAGGAAAUGGCCAGAGUGCAUUGUACCACCUACAGGGCACAUUAAAAGUAUGGGUAAAAAAAAGGA